GAAGGGUGGGAGUUCGGGGCCCUUAAAAUAUUCUACCUUCCUGCAGACUUGUAGCUGCUGGGCGGUGCUCUCAGCUGCCCAGAUGUCAAACAGUUGUUGCUUUUUGGCAUACGAGAUGCAAUUAGACAAUAUCGGUUCUCAGCGUUUUGGCGAGGGCGGUUGUGCCGCCUCGGGAGUCCUGUCCCGUGUUUUCCUAGAUGACAAACAGCGGUUCGGUUGUGGGGUUUAAUCCAUGCAGACUUCAGCUUUUGUUUCUAAUUCCUGAAGCUCGUGGCAAUUUUGACACUGGUUAUCUGAGCCCAAGACUGUCUGUCUGUUUCUGUGUGUUUUGCAUGAUCUUGGAUUGGCACCCUACCGUAGCCAAACAUUAAAAAGCCUGUCUUUCCGUUGAAGAGGAAGGGGUUAAAAUGAACGAAGACCCGAAGGUCAAUUUAAGCGGGCUGCCUCGGGACUGUAUAGAUGCCAGUGCUCCGGAGAACAUCUCAGCCGCUGUCCCCUCCCAGGGCCCUGUGGUGGAGUCAGAACCUGAGCUCGUUGUCAACCCCUGGGACAUUGUCUUGUGCAGCUCAGGAACCCUCAUCUGCUGUGAGAAUGCCAUUGUGGUCCUUAUCAUCUUCCACAGCCCCAGCCUGCGAGCGCCCAUGUUCUUGCUGAUAGGCAGCCUGGCUCUGGCAGACUUGCUGGCUGGCCUGGGACUCAUCAUCAAUUUUAUUUUUGCAUACCUGCUUCAGUCAGAAGCCACCAAGCUGGUCACAAUUGGACUCAUUGUCGCCUCUUUCUCUGCCUCUGUCUGCAGUUUGCUGGCUAUCACUGUGGACCGCUACCUCUCGCUGUAUUAUGCCCUGACGUACCAUUCUGAGAGGACUGUCACAUUUACCUAUGUCAUGCUGGUUAUGCUCUGGGGAACCUCCAUCUGCCUGGGGCUGCUGCCUGUCAUGGGCUGGAACUGCCUGAGGGAUGAGUCCACCUGCAGCGUGGUCAGACCUCUCACGAAGAACAACGCUGCGAUCCUCUCCAUCUCUUUCCUCUUCAUGUUUGCGCUGAUGCUUCAGCUCUACAUCCAGAUCUGUAAGAUUGUGAUGAGGCAUGCCCACCAGAUAGCCCUGCAGCACCACUUCCUGGCCACGUCGCACUACGUGACUACUCGGAAAGGGGUCUCCACCCUGGCUCUCAUCCUGGGGACCUUUGCUGCGUGCUGGAUGCCUUUCACCCUCUACUCCUUGAUCGCGGAUUACACCUACCCCUCCAUCUAUACCUAUGCCACCCUCCUGCCCGCCACCUACAAUUCCAUCAUCAACCCUGUUAUAUAUGCUUUCAGAAACCAAGAGAUCCAGAAAGCACUCUGCCUCAUUUGCUGCGGCUGCAUCCCUUCCACGCUGUCCCAGAGAGCACGGUCUCCCAGCGACGUGUAGGAGCCUUCCACCCGCAGGACACUGCUCUUCCAAGCACCCCCACUGCCCAGGAUGGCCAGUGCGCUCCUCCUCUUCAAUUCUUUGCACUGGAUUCUCACAAGCAGAAGUGAUGACAUCAGUCAUAUAGGCGAUGACAGCAGAAAUCAUGUCACCAGUGUUAAAAAAAAAAAAAAAGACUUCUCUGCUCAGCAUUUUGUUAUUUGGUUUGGAAGUUAUUUUUAUUAUUAUUAUUUUUAAAUAUUUUAUUUAAUAAGUUUUGUUUGUUUGGAGGGUGUAGUGGGGCCCCAUGUGGCCAUGAAAUUAUGCACAAGAUUUUUAACCUAGACUUAAAAAUAAAUCAGAGUUUUUAAGGAACCUGAAGAAGGGAUUACUUUUUUGGGCUUUUUUUUUUUUAAAUCAAGGUAGAUCUUUCAUUCUGUAUGUAUCUAACAGGAUAUGAACUUUUUCAUAUGACCAGAAUAGUUUACAUAAUUAUGUUUGGAAAGACUUGUUUUCAGGAACAUGAACUCAGUAGUAAGUUAUAAAUAACAAAACCCCAAACAGCCACUACUCGUGAGAAUUACCUUGCAGUUUCUCUGUGUUACAGUUUGGUAUGCAUGGUUACUUGUGGUAGUUAGACCACUAAUUGCAACAUUGCCACGUGAAACCCAGAAUUAAGAGUCAUUUUU